AAAGAACGUAAUUCCGAUUUUGAGUUCAUUUAACAUUGCUAUUCUUGUAAGAAGCAUUAGGCUUUAAAUAUCAUGGAGUGGUUUAACUUAAUAUUCUUGUUUGUCGGUUUGAGUACCGUCUCCUGCACAAUCUACAGCACCGAAAACGAAGACGGCUCAUACACCAUCGGCCUAAACUCAGACUCCAGAGGCGAAUCAGCAAGUUCAGUAGUGGCACUUUUAAGCAAAUCCGCUGGAUACACACUAAAUGAUGAUUAUCAAAAGCAAGUACCAGAAAAUUAUUUUCAUCAAGAAUCCCUAAAGGAACAACCAGCACUUGAAUCACGAGGACUCCUAGAACCGCAUUUAGAAAUCUUGCAGUUGAUAGAAGUUUUUCUCAAGUUUAAAGGAGAAGUGUUUUCCCGACUUCACGGCCUUGUGACUGACAACUACGAUCUUAUUCGCAGUGUUUACUCAACUCUCAUCAACAAAAUCGGAAAUUUGCAUUCUUUCACACUAACUGGUAUCAGAAUUUUACGGAAAGUUUUGGAAUUUGCGACCGUUUUAUUUGGUCAAUGGCAAGUUAAUUUGCCAUCGUUUUCACCGGAUUUGGGUAUGGGAAAUGAGGAAAGCAAUCCUGGGGCACCGUUCAAUUUUAGAAGAAAUGGAAACUUUUUUAGAAAUUAA